AUGUUUUGCAGCACCACAUUAUCCGCUCCUAACGCUCAAGGAAUCCGUUUGGAGUUUGUGGAUGUUGACUUGGAAUAUAACCACCGAUACCUAUUCGACUAUUUAAUAAUCUUUGACGGUCCGGAUUGUUUGGCACCACGACUUGGAGUUGCGUUUGGCCAAAAACACCAAAUGACAUUUAGCUCCCAGCAAAACAGAGUGUCAUUGUUAUUCAUCAGCGAUUAUGAAAUGCAGAAAGCCGGUUUUAAGCUCAUUUACAGACCAGAAACGCUGCAAGAUCAAUGGAAAAGGAAUAACGAAAUCGAACCUAUUUAUCAGCACAUACUAAAAAAUUGCGGAGAGGAGUUGAAUGAAAGCUCAUCCAAUAUCAUUUUCUGGAGAGGAAUCCAUGAAGCAAACACCUUAUGUAUCUGGAGAAUUACAAAUAAUUUCGGAGGCACAAUUACACUGAAAAUUGAAGAACUGAAGUUUAAAACUCGUUCUGGAUCCCUAAGAAUUUUGGACGGACGUGAUUGCGGUGCCGAAGUCAUUCAUAUUUUUGUGCAGAACACACCUUCCUUCAACCGAAAACUCCGUGGUUCUUCAAACACGAUGACUGUUGUACUCUCAGCACCAGGUGAAGAAGGAAAUAUAUUCAAUGCUACAUUAUCAUUCACUUAA